GUCACCUUUUUUUCCCAGUUACUCAUAAUUCAGCAUAUUUUGGUUGUUUUUUUUAAUUGUAUUUUUGUAAUUUUGUGUGCUAUGUGCUGUUGGGUCUGCUCUUUUUACACUGUCACUGAAUACACAUCCUCUACUGCUCAGAAUUCCUCAUCUUUUUUAUUUUCAAGUAUAUAAAUGACAGUAAAUUCAUAUGCCAUUUUUUCUAGAUGUUCUUUACUGGUGAGAAUUCAGUUUGUUUCCAGGUCUUUGCUGCCCAGAAGAGUGCUCAUAUGAAUGUUUAGUGUAAAAACUCAGUUGUGGCCUUGGUCUGGUGAUAGAGAAAGGGAAUGGCAACAUGGUACAGUGAGAAUAGCCCUGGAUUUGCAGCUGAGAGGACCGGGUCUCAAAGUGCGCAUCUAGCAUUCAUUCCCUUUUUGACCUUAAGCAAGCCACUUUUCUUCUCUAAUGAGCAAAUUAGACUCCAGAGUCUCUUCCAGCUCUAAAUAUAUGAAUUGGAAAGUUAUGGUCCUUUAACACCCUUUUCAGCGUAAAAAAAAUUGUUCACAUGCUGUUACAGACAGGAGGUUAUAGUCCCCCAUGCUUGCCUUUGCUCUUCUGGUUCCAGGAACAUUGAACACAAUGGUGUUUGUUUCAGAGCAGCACAUUUUAAGAAGCACAGCGAUUGGAUGAAAAGAAGAGAUCAGAGUAUUUACGGGAGAUAAACCUUUCUCGUGUAAUGAAUAUGAGAAGGCCUUCAGGGAUAAGGCACAACUUAACUCUGCAUCACAGGGUUCAUACUGGAGAGAAACGUUAUGAAUGUAAUGAAUGUGGGAAGGACUGCAGAUAUAAAGGACAACUUACAGUGCAUCAGAGAAUUCAUACUAGAGAGAAACCUUAUAAAUGUAGUGAAUGUGGAAAGGCCUUCAGGAGGAAGAUACAAGUUACAGAGUAUCAGAGAAUUCAUACUGGAGAGAAACCUUUUCAAUGUAGUGAAUGUGGGAAGGCCUUCAGGAGGAAAAUACAACUUAGAGUGUAUCAGAGAAUUCAUGCUGGAGAGAAACCUUAUGAAUGUAGUGCAUGUGUUAAGGCAUGCAGGGAUAAGACACAACUUACAGUGCAUCAGAGAAUUCAUACUGGAGAGAAACCUUAUGAAUGUAGUAAAUGUGGAAAGACCUUCAGGGGAAGGUCAAGUCUCACAAGUCAUCAGAGAUUUCAUACUGGAGAUAUAUGUUAUGAAUAUAAGGAGUGUGGGAAGGGUUUCCUGUACAACUCAGAUCUUCUUCUACAUAAAAAAAUUCAUGGUAUAAAGAAAACUUAUGAAUGUAGUGAAUGUGGAAAAGCCUUCAGCAGGAAGACACAACUUACAGUGCAUCACAGAAUUCACACGGGAGAGAAACCUUAUGAAUGUGGUAAAUGUGGAAAGGCCUUCCUGAGGAAGUCAUAUCUUACUGUACAUCAGAAAACUCAUACUGUUGAUAUCCAUAAUAAAUUUAAUGAGUGUGGGAUGGUUUUCCCCUACAACUCGGAUCUUAUUUGACAUCAAGAUAUUCAUUCUGAAGAGAAACUUCAUGAAUAUAUUGAAUAUGAGCAGUCUUUCAGAGUGAGAAUGAAACUUACUCAACACCAAAGAAUUUAUUCAGGAAAGAAACCUUAAGAAUGUAAUGCAUAUAGAAUGGCCUUUAGGUAGAGAGUACGACUUUAUGUACAUCAGAUAAUUCAUCCUGGUGAGAUUUCUCAGGAAUGUAAGGAGUGUGGGGAGGAGGCUGUGCAUUCCAAUUCAGAUCUUACACAACUUACAGUGCAUCACAGAAUUCUACUGGAGAGAAACCUUAUGAAUGUAGUGAAUGUGGGAAGGUCUUUUGGAGUAAGACACAAUUGACAGACUUGCUCAACAUCAAAGAAUUAAUUCUGGAGAGAAAUCUUUUGAGUUUACGGAGGCCUUUAGACUCAGCACAUUACUUUAUGUUCAUCAGAGAAAUGUUACUAGAGUCAUUUUUCCUCUCUGCAGAGGCCUGUAAAGAGGCAAAGAUUUAGUGUUAUCAUCCUAUGUACCUUCAUGGAAGGAGAGGUUAUACUGGCUGAGGCAGAGGCUGCUGAGUGGAUAGUGGUAUAGGGACAGCCUUAGUAUUAACUUUGAUCCCUGGGCAUAUGGCUUGCAAGACACUUGGGGAUGACGUCUUGGCCAUGAGAUGAGGCUGUGCCUGAUGAGUGAUGAAUAAUUGUUGACAGCUUGAGGAAUAUAUCAUAAUCUGAGCUGUGUUCCUGAUGUUGGUGCUGCUUCUGCUUCUAUUCAUUUUUGUAGCCACUGUGGACCUUACAAAUUUGAAAUCACCUUAAUUAAAAUAAAGCAUCACAAGGGUGUGUGGCAGAUGUUAGUGCAAUGUAAUUUCUGCCCAGUGACCUGAAUGUCCAAGGAAAGAAGUUCACUGAAGUGCAGGUAAACAGCAGGAUUAACUAUUAUCUUCUCAUUAUAACCAAAUGCCUUGUCAUCUAAUUAGUGACACAUAUGAAAAGUGAAUAAAAUUCCCAAUAUGGUUGAGGAAUAGGAACAGUUUUCAAUGAAGUUAUCAGAACAAUCAAUAAUAAUGAAAAUGAUUUAAGUCACUAUUGAUUAGGGAAAUGCAAAUGAAAACAACUUCGAAGUAAUAUGUCACUUUAGCUCAGAUUGGCCAACAUGGCAGAAAAAGAAAGUGAUAUUCUGGAGGGGGUGAGGAAAAAUAGAGACAGUAAUGCACAAUGCAGAACUGGUCCGACCAUUCUAGAGGAAAAUUUGAAACUGCACAAAGGGCUAUAAAAGUGUGCCUACCCUUUCACACAUCGAUAGCACUACUAGGUCUAUAUCCCAAAGACAUCAACAGAAAAGGACUUAUGUGUACAAAAUGUGUAUAGUGGGUUUUUUUAUGGUAAUAAAAAUUGGAAAUUUGAGGGGAUAACCAUCAGUUGCUGAAUGAAGUGGUUGUAUAUGAUAGUGAUGGAAUAUUAUUGUGCUCUAAGAAAGGAGGGAGAUAAUUUUUCCUGGGAAGACCUAUAUAAAUAGCUGUAGAGUUAAGUAAGCAAAAUCAGGAAGUCUUUGUACACAUUAAUAGCAAUAUUUUUAAUGAUGAUACCAUGAUCAAUUGUGAAUCACCUAGCUAUUCUGAUC